UACUCCAGACCAGUAGAUGGCGUUAAUUAAUACGUACUAGUAUCACCAUUGCUUACGGCGUCAGACAAGGAAGAAAGAUGUCCGCCUGUAGACUGUUCCGCUGCUUGUCUUCUAACUUCUCCACCGCCAUACCUUUACUAACACGGUCGGGACCACAUUCGUCUCAUCGAUUAUGUCCGAAAUCCUACAUUCAAAGAAGUUUUUCCUCGUCGACCCCAUUCUCAGCAGCACUUAAAUUCACAGACAAGCAUGAGUGGAUUCGGGUGGAAGAGGAUGGAAUCGGGACUGUAGGUAUCAGCAACUUUGCUCAGGAAGCCCUGGGAGAUGUAGUUUACUGUGGACUACCAGAUGUGGGAACACAGCUUGCUCAACAAGAUGAGUUUGGAGCUCUAGAAAGUGUAAAGGCGGCCAGUGAGCUGUUUUCUCCCUUGACUGGAGAGGUGGUCGAGGUCAACUCACUGCUGGCUGACAAACCUGGUCUGGUCAACAAAUCCUGCUACAAAGAUGAUGGAGGCGAGGGCGGAGUGCAGGGACCUGUUGCCCGAUGACAAAGGCUGGAUGAUGUGCAGAAACUGUCUUCUGGUCUCUUGAUGCCCCAAAAUGGACAAACACAUCGCGAAAAACACCUCCGGAUCUUCUCGACCUAGCAGUACUUCUCUCAGUUGCUUUCUCAUCACAGCUCUUUCGUCUUCUCCACCGGUAGGCAUCGUCAGCUGGGAGGUGAUUGUAGUAUCUUUUCCCCCGCUUAUAACUCGCGUUAAAGUACACACUCCAUGCAUCAAACGUGCAGCAUGGUCUUGCCACAGUAGUUACAAAACAGCUGAUUUAAGUUACGCAAGUCGGUUUUGUAAUCUAUAAUGAGCCCACAUCACCAGCAGAGGGCGCUCAAGCUUAACAAAGCACAUUAUCAUCAGUUGUUCAUUAGUUUAAAUUGAGAAAGACUCACAGAUUACAUACAGCAUAUGAUGAAUUGCCCACCCGGUUCAGUCCAUUCAUUAACAUAACACAGUCGUUGGAUUGGCCAUCCCUUAACUACUUUAUUUCUAUCUGCAAAAAAAGAUUAAUGACAUGGGCCCCCUACUAGCUAAAUGUGAUCAAACAAGAGACCCUUGUUUUCACUUGAAUCAACGCCUUCAUCUUGGCAGGUCCUUUUCAAGUGCAUCCUGUGAUGUGAGGCUGCAAAAACAAAAGGCAGGAGGCACAGUAACAAGAGGUGAAUGUUUAAUCACUGCGUGUAUUCAUUCAUUCUGCACAGGGCUUGAUUUUAAUGAGACAGUGCACCCGCUUUUGAAUAUGCACAGCAGGGAGCAGGAGCGUUGAGGCCCGUGUUGCAAACUCUUGAAUUCUUGUGCGCCAACUGCUAAAGGGAUCAUUCUUAGUCUUGUUGGUUCACGCUAAAGCAUGGUAAAGUGUCCAUAGAGUGUGUGACUCAUCUACCGGGCAAUGUACAAUCCAUAUUUUUCAGUAUUAUGAAGAAGUGUGCGUUGAAAGCUGCGGUAUGUGGAGGGAGUGAGACAGAGAAGAGAGGGAGAGAGAAUGAGAUUGAGAGAGAGGGGGAAUCAAUAGUGUUUAGACAGAGAAGUGGAGUCUAAGUGUGUGAUCAAUAGAGAGCAGAGAGGAGAGAUUAGCUGCUUUUCUCUCUCAAACUAACACUGACAAAUUGGUGAAUUGGUGUAUCGGCCCUUGGGCUAAACGGAUUGACCCGCUGUUUCCAUGUUCUGCCGUGUACUGUCAAUAAAGAUCUGUGUUCUGUUCAUUGAGGCUCUUUGCGAUGGGAAGGGACGAAGCCCCGAAAGAGAAGGAAGCAAGAAAGAUGGUGGCAGACCCCUAAAAGUACAGGGCAACUAGCCAUCUUGGUUGUACUUUAGAUGGACCAUGAAGAAGUCUAAUUGCCUUCAUUUCAACUUUUUUUUACUUUACUCAACACAUUUAGGCAGUGCAGGAGUUGAAAAUGGGCAAAACAAAGUGCACAUGCCCUUAAACAUCUUCCCUUUUCAAAAUGGCCACACCUCUGUCUCAUUAAACCAUAAAUGUGCACUCACGUGUAUCCUCACGAACACUGCUCUAAAACCAUAAUAACCAACAUCUCAGAGAAAAUUAAUGGAAAGACAGAUUAAAAACUAAGUGAGAAGAAACAGGCCACGGGUGUAGCUAUUUCCAACUCAUAAAUCAUUGUGACACACCUAUGUGCAUGUAUACACACGCAUGGACACGCACACACACACACACACACACACACACACACACACACACAUGCAUGUACUGUAAUUAACCACAGGCUAUUUACUCUAUACUGCUGUAAAUUAGACAUGCAGACACAGUUAUUACAUUAAGG